UUCCUGAAUUAACUUACUCCUUGAGUGAAUACAGUGAGGAUGGAUGUUUCACCUGAAACAAAACUUAACCAGCAGUUAACUUUAAGUUACAAAAGCGUUGCUGGUUCAUCACCAACUGACUUCAGCUGUGGCUUGAAUAAAAACCGAGAUCUCAGCCAUCUCCCAAAGGAGAUUCCUCUUAAACAGCUGGUCUCUGGUAGCCCAAAUGUGUUAGUCGGAAGCCGUACAGACGUCAAAGAGAAAGACAAGGACUGCUCCAGUCAGGACACACUCAUACCUGUCUAUGUUGUAUCUAUCACCUUUGCCAUUGGAGUGGCUAUUGCUCUGAUCCUGCAUAUUUACAUGGGGGGAAGAAGUUUGGUAGUUGUAAAAGGUGUGUUGGUGUCAGAUCACGAGCGCUGCACUGCACUUGGUAUGAGAGUCCUUCAUGAUCAUGGAUCCAGUGUGGAUGCAGCCGUUACUGCCGCCCUGUGUUUGGGUGUUGUGCAUCCACAUGAGUCCGGUGUUGGUGGAGGUGGGGUGAUGCUGGUUCAUGACAUCCAUAAGAAUGAAACCAGGGUGAUCAAUUUUCAGGGAACGGCACCUAAAACACUUAAAGAGGAGAUGCUGCAAAAUGUUUCAGAACUAAAGGCAGGUCUGCAAGUGGGUGUGCCAGGUAUGCUCAGAGGGUUACACCAUGCUCACAGCCUCUAUGGGAGUCUAUCCUGGGAGGAUGUGGUCACUCGAGCCACCGCUGUUGCCAGAGAAGGUUUCAAUGUGUCUUACAGUCUUGCUGAGGCUGUAUCGAAGGUAAAAGGUGAGCAGCUCUCGCAGCGUUUCAGGGACAUGUUCUUCCCGAAUGGACAAGCUCUGCAUCCUGGUUCAUUUCUGAGGAUGCCAAGUCUGGCUGGAGUCGUGGAGGCUGGCCUAUCGAACUUCUAUGAUGGGAACUUCUCACAAGAGAUGGAGGACGAGGUGCGAGUUAAUGGAGGGGUCCUGAGCAGAGACGACAUCAGUAACUACAGUGUGCAGGUGGAGCAGCCAGUGGAAGGCCUGUACAAUGAAUUUAUUAUUCAGGUUCCUCCUCCCCCAUCUGCUGGUGCAGUGUUGAUAUCAGCGCUCAGGCUUUUGCAGGGCUUCCAUCUCAAUGAGAACAACAACACAGAAAACCAGACAUACCACUGGAUUGCUCAGGCUCUGAAAGCAGCUUUGGCUAUGGCCAGUGGUUUGGGUGACCCUAGAUUUAACUCUUCAGUGACUGAGCUGCUCUCUGACAUGCUGAGUAAGAGUCAAGUGCUCCACCAGAGGAUCGAUUCCUCCGCUGUCCACUCCCUGCAGACAGAAGUGAUGGCUGGACAAGUAGUAGUCAUGGGACCCGAUGACCUCAUGGUGUCAGUAGCAAGUUCCUUGAGCGGUCCAUUUGGGAGCAGAGUCAUAACUCGGUCAGGCAUUAUCCUCAACAGCCUCAUCCUUGACUUCUCCUGGCCAAACAAAACCCGAGGGCAAUUCUUAACCAACCAGAAAAAUAGAGUUCAGCCAGGAAAGAGGCCCCUAUCAUUGCUCAUGCCCACAAUAAUGAUGCCAGCGUGGCAUGAAUGUGGGAUCUACACAGCACUGAGCAGUUCAGGUGGACAGCAGAGUUUGAGUGUGAUCACCCAGGUGUUGAUCAGUGUGCUGUCCUUCCAUAAAGAGAAAAAUGACAGCCUGUCUCUGAGAAGAUUUCAGCCAAAGAGACCUUUUGUUGACUCUGAGUUUCCAGAAGAGAGUGUGGAGUUUCUGCAUGAAAGCAGCCCCAAAGUUCAAAGAGUGAAGACCAACUCUGCUGUCCAGGGCGUCCUGAGGAACAAAGAUACCAUUACAGCCAUAACCCUACCGCAUUUAUCUGACAGUUUAUUAUAGCUGGAUUGAUCUCACAAACCUUUUCAUACAUAUCUUCCACACAUCAUAAAAUGGUAGUAUCUGGAUACACUGUUGUUGCACUGUAUGAUGUAAGUUUAUGGUUGUUAUUCUCCAGUGUUUGAUUCUCUUCUAUUAUUGUAACCACCAGCCGACAGAGGGCAGUCCGCCUACAAGUACUAUCUAUUAAAGAUAAAAUUGUUCA